UAGGAAUUUGUUGAUUACCGGUGCUAUGACUUCUGUAUGGAAAAUUUUCAUUGGAACGUUGCCCUGUCACACUUUCGGAAGAGUCCUCCCUCUCUGCGGAGAUUAGAAGGUUAAUCUUCACGUUCGGAUACAGUGUGCACUGUGCAGGUCAUCUUGCGUUACACAUCUCGCGGUCACCAAGUUGUCGGAUGCAAUGCCAGCAGUCAUCUCCACACUCAACGUCGCCUUGGUUUAAAACUUCAAUGAAGCUCAUUUCUCAAUCUUCCAAGCGCAAUGGAGGCUCCUGAGCAAGUCAAGAAGAAUUCGUACGCAGAGGUCAAGUCACCCAAUGUGGAGAAUGCCAUUUCGCUUGGUCAGCGCGAAAAUGAUGCUCAGCGUGCCCCUCGUGGCUCCGUGUCUGUGUAUUCGUGGGAAAACUUCGGUAUGGCUGCCCACUCGGCUGGUGUCGGUAUCGUGAACAGUACCAUCAGUGGUGUUGUCUACGCGGCGCUGAAUAACUAUUUGCACAUGUCUGCGACUCUGGUUGCAACGGCGGUUGCACUCAUCCAGUUUCCUCGCAGUCUCCGUGUGUUCACCGGUAUGCUAACGGACACAGUUCCGAUCUUUGGUUACCGUCGUCGUCCGUACAUCGUGAUCGGAUGGGGAAUGACGUUCCUGUCGUGCUUCCUCAUGGCGGUGUUACCUCUUGGUGAUCCGUACUACGGCGAUCAAUCCAUUGCUGACCUGGACACUGCUGAGCUCACCCCCGAGCAGCUCGCGACGAUCGACACGGACGCUCCUAACCGCGGUAUCAAGAUGAUUAUCCUGAUGAUGUUCGCUAACUUCGGUACCGUCCUCGCGUACAGUGGCUUCAACGGCACUAUGAUCGAAAUCUCGCAGCAGGAGCCCGCUCAUCUCCGCGGUACCGCUAUGGGUGACUGUGACGUUGUCUUCUACUGGUUUGCGGUUGUAUCGGCCUUCUUCACGGGUCUGGGUCUCAACAGCGAAGACUAUGGCGGCACCUUCUCGUGGUCUGUCGGCUUCAACGCGAUCAUGGGCGUUUGCGCCGCUACGUCACUCAUUGUGCUGCCGUUCUGCUGGUGGUGUAUCCAAGAAGAGCGCGUCACGUCCGGUCCGUCCAAGUCGGUCUACACGUUCCUCUAUGAGCUGCUCCAACGUAAAACUAUCUACCGAUACAUCGCCUUCCGCUUCUUCUACAAUGUGAUGGCCAUGAUUUCUGUGACUUCGGCCAGUGCGAUCCAAAGCACGUGGGCUGGCGUUGAGCCCAUUAAUAACGGUAUUGCAACCAUGUUGGCUGCUUUCCUGACUAUGCUCGGAACGUACUUGGUCAAGAAGUACGGUCUUGCCUGGAACUGGCGCUACAUCAUCAUUUUCGCUCAGAUUCUUGUCGUGAGUCUCGACAUUAUCCCGACGAUGUUCACGAUUUGGGAUGUCGUUCGCAGCCAGUGGUUCUGGCUUGGUGUUCCCUUGCUCGAGAAGAUCCCAUUCGCCGCAACUGACUUUGUCGGUGCUCUGUUCAUGCUCGAGGUCGACAGUGAAGACUUCGAAGCCACUCUAUUUGGUUUGGCUGUGACCUCGCAGCGUGUUGGUAUCCCGUUCGCGACGGUGAUCACAAAAUCUAUCGACGGCUACUUCGACAUUGAACGCGAGUACAUUCAGCAGGAUGACCACCACGUGCGCUCGCAGGUCACAUACGCUUACCUGAUCGCCUACGCUGUCAACCUCCUUGCAAUCGUGUUCGUUGUGCUGCUCCCGCGCCAGAAGGAAGAGCUUCACCGUAUGCAGCGUGACAAUGCCACGAAUAAGAUCAUGGGUAUCGCUACCAUCUGCGUUCUCAUCUUCGCUCUGGCCUGGUCGCUCAUGACCAACAUCCUCAGUCUGUUCGACUCGACGAGCUGCCUGCGCAUUGCUGGUGGCAGCGGAUGCUAG